AUGUCGUGGUCGGACACGGACGCGGCGCUCUUCGCGGCCGUGCUGGGGCAGGACGCCGCGCACCACCUGGCCACCACGCCGCCGCACCUCGACGCAGGGCCCGCCUCCUCCUCCUCCUCCUCGGCCGAGCUCCAGGCGCGCCUGCACGACCUCGUCGAGCGGGGGUCCGGAGCCUGGACCUACGGCAUCUACUGGCAGGAGUCCCGCGCCGCCGCCCGUCCCGUGCUCGGCUGGGGCGACGGGCACUGCCGCGACGCCACCCCGCACGGGCACGACGACGACCAGGAACCCGGCGCGGCGGAGCGGAGCCUGGCGCGCAAGCGCGUCCUGCUGCGGCUGCACGCGCUGUACGGCGGCGGGGACGGGGACGAGGACUACGCGCUGCGGCUGGACCGCGUCACCGGCGCCGAGAUGUACUUCCUCGCGUCCAUGUACUUCUCCUUCGCCGGCGGCGCCGGCGGGCCGGGCCGCGCGCUGGCCACCGGCCGGCACGCCUGGGCCGCCGUGGACCCCCGCUUGGCCGCGCCCGGCUGGCACGUCCGCGCCUCCCUCGCCCAGUCCGCCGGCCUCCGCACCGUGGUCUUCCUCCCGUGCGAGGGCGGCGUCCUCGAGCUCGGCUCCGUCGCGGCCAUCCGCGAGAGCCCCGAGGUCCUGCGCGCCAUCCAGUCCGCCUUCCGCGCCGAGCCCGCCUCGCCGGACGACCACGCGAGGAUCUUCGGGAAGGACCUCCAAAUGCCGCCCGUACUAACCGCGGGAAGCGAGGCCGCCUGGGCGCUGCGGCUCGGCGUGACGCAGCCGGCCAAGAAGCAGGUGGCCGUCAAAGCGAAACCUGCGGAGCCUCCCAAGCCGGCCGUCGGGCAGAAGAAGCAGGCGGGCGGGGACGAGCGUCGGCUUCCGCGGAAGCGGGGGCGCAAGCCGGCCAACGGGCGCGAGGAGCCGCUGAACCACGUGGAGGCGGAGCGGCAGCGGCGGGAGAAGCUGAACCAGCGCUUCUACGCGCUGCGGGCGGUCGUGCCUAGGAUCACCAAGAUGGACAAGGCGUCUCUGCUGAGCGACGCCAUCGCGUACAUCCAGGAGCUGGAGGCCCGUCUCCAGCUCAGGGGCGGCACGCCGGAGCGGCCGGCCGUGGAGGUGCAGCAGGCAAUGCAGCGGGACGACGAGGUGGUGCUGCGGGUGACCACCCCGCUGGAGUCGCACCCCGUCUCCGGCGCCUUCAGCGCCGUCGCCGACUGCUCUCCGCAGCUGAGCGUCGUGGCGUCGGACAUGGCGGUGGCGGACGGCGCCGUCACGCACACGCUCGUGGUCCGGUCGGCGGGGCCCGGGCGGCUCGCUGCCGAGACCGUGCUCGCGGCGAUGUCGCGUGGGAUGAUGAUGAGCACCACCCCGUCCCCGUGAGUGUGCAGUUGACACUACUCGUGACUGUGGCGUUGUACGAACAACUGUCAACCGUUAGUGCCGUUUAGGUUAGCCUGCUCCUCGUGACUGCAUGCCACGUGGCGUGGUACGCAGCAAAAAGGGUAAAGUGAAACUCGUUUCCUCAUUUGGUACGUACUGUACCAGG